CUCCGCAGCAGCCGCUAUGGAGGAGGAGGGCAGGAAGGGCCGCAAGCCUGGGAUCGUGUCCCCUUUCAAGCGAGUCUUCCUGAAGGGCGAAAAAGGCCGCGACAAAAAGGCCCAGGAGAAGGUUACGGAGCGGCGGCCUCUCCACACCGUGGUGGUGUCCCUGCCCGACCGCGUCGAGCCGGACAUCCUGCUCAACGACUACAUCGAGAAGGAAGUCAAGUAUUUAGGGCAGCUGACGUCCAUCCCGGGGUACCUGAACCCCUCCAGCCGCACCGAGAUCCUGCACCUGAUCGAUAACGCCAAGCGAGCCCACCAGCUCCCGGGGCAGCUGACCCCCGAGCACGACGCCGUGAUCAGCCUGUCGGCCUACAACAUCAAGCUGGUGUGGCGGGACGGGGAAGAUCUCAUCCUCAGGGUCCCCAUCCACGACAUCGCGUCCGUCUCCUACAUCCGCGACGACUCCGCUCACUUGGUGGUGCUGAAAACAGCUCAGGACCCCGGGAUCUCCCCCAGCCAGAGUCUCUGCGCCGAGAGCUCCAAGGCGCUCACGUCGGGCUCGCUGUCGGAGAGCGGGGUGGUGCCCGUGGAGGCUUGCUGCUUGGUGGUGCUGGCUACGGAGAACAAAGUGACAGCCGAGGAGCUGUGCUCACUUCUCAGCCAAGUCUUCCAGAUCGUUUACACCGAGUCCACCAUCGACUUCUUGGACAGAGCAAUAUUCGAUGGGGCGUCCACGCCGACACGGCACAUGUCCCUGCACAGCGAUGACUCUUCUACAAAAGUGGACGUUAAAGAACCCUACGAGACAGAAGCAAGCACUGUUUCCUUUCCAGAAGCCUUAGAAGCAGGUGACAACUCCCCCUCCUCCUUCCUGCCGCAACAGUCUCCCCACGUCAAGACCGUCAGCGAGAGCGAGCUGAGCACCACGGCCACGGAGCUGCUGCAGGACUACAUGAUGACGCUGCGGACGAAGCUCUCCUCCCAAGAGAUCCAGCAGUUCGCCAUGCUCCUGCACGAGUACCGCAACGGGGCCUCCAUCCACGAGUUCUGCAUCAACCUGAAGCAGCUCUACGGGGACAGCAGGAAGUUCCUGCUCCUGGGCCUGCGGCCCUUCAUCCCCGAGAAGGACAGCCAGCACUUCGAGAACUUCCUGGAGACCAUCGGGGUGAAGGACGGCCGCGGCAUCAUCACGGACAGCUUCGGGAGGUACCGGCGGACGCUGAGCACCACCUCCAACUCCACCACCAACGGCAACGGCGCCGCGGGCAGCUCGGACGACCAGUCCGUGCCCUCGGAGGAGGACGAGUGGGACCGCAUGAUCUCCCACAUCAGCAACGACAUCGAAGCCCUGGGCUGCAGCAUGGACCGCGACUCCUCCUGAGGGCGCCUCCGCUCCGGAAGAGGUUUUUUUUGGGGGGGGAUGGAGCAGGCUGGAAUUCAGCUCCCGUCCUCAGCAACGGCUUCGCUGGCCCCAGAGGCCGUCCGCAGGCGGCUGUGCCCCCUUCCUGCGGGGGUGCGCGUGCCCACGGGCACGCUGCAGCGGGCGAGCGGGGCAGGAGCCCGUCCUUCAGCCUUCCCCGCUGUGGUUCCGUCGCCGUGCGGGGAGCGGGGCCGGGAGAGAGCGCGGCCCCGCGCCGAGCCCAGCUGGCUACAGCCCUCUCCCUCCCCGGUUUACAGUUUUGCACAUGGUGUCCCUCCUGUAACUGCUCUCCUCCUCCCCGCUCCCCCCCCCCCCCCAGUUUCGAAUGAAGUUUACCACAAUGUGAAUUAUUUAAACCU